UUCGUGUGUUCUGAGGUAUUUAAAAAUGCCUGAACCCGCCAAGUCGGCUCCGGCCCCGAAAAAAGGCUCCAAGAAGGCGGUGACCAAGGCGCAGAAGAAGGACGGCAAGAAGCGCAAGCGCAGCCGCAAGGAGAGCUACUCGGUGUACGUGUACAAGGUGCUGAAGCAGGUGCACCCCGACACCGGCAUCUCGUCCAAGGCCAUGGGCAUCAUGAACUCGUUCGUCAACGACAUCUUCGAGCGCAUCGCGGGCGAGGCGUCCCGCCUGGCGCAUUACAACAAGCGCUCGACCAUCACGUCCCGGGAGAUCCAGACGGCCGUGCGCCUGCUGCUGCCCGGGGAGCUGGCCAAGCACGCCGUGUCCGAGGGCACCAAGGCCGUCACCAAGUACACCAGCUCCAAGUGAACUUACCAAGAGGAGCAGAUGUGUUUUAAGACAUCUUUACCCACCACUGGUCACUGCUAAACACCAUUGCAGCUCACACAUUAAAACGCAAGAGACACCCUAAGAAGACAAAUGGAAAUAUUUUUAACAAUCGUGGAAGGAUCAGUAAGAACCUGGCUAAAAUAUUUUUUUUUCUGAGUAUAAAAAUAUUAAAUGUUUAUUGUAGAAUUUUGUAAAGAGAGAAAUAUAUAAAGAAGAGAAUUAAAAUAACUCUUAGUAUCUCCUUUUAAUGGAUAUGACAAAUAUGUAUAGAUGAAUGUGAAUACAUAUGAUACACCUAUAAUGCAUAUAAAAAGCAUAUUUAGGUAUCAUGCCAUAUAUGCACAUAUAUAAUUUUCUAGGUAAUACAUGGAUGUAUCAUUACUUACAUAAAUAGUCCUCUGUUAUUAGCUAUUUAGAUUGAGUUCCAUUUUUUUCUUAACUUUUUUUCAAAGUUUUUAAAGUAAUGUC